CCCUACGAAGGAUGUCGUCCAGAAUGUGUUCUCAACUCGGAUUGCCCAUCGAACAGAGCUUGCCUUAGAAACAAAUGUCAGGAUCCGUGUCCGGGAACUUGUGGACAAAAUGCUGUCUGUCAGGUGGUCAACCACUUGCCAUCGUGUACCUGCCUCCCGGGCUUUGAAGGAGAUCCUUUCAGAUAUUGUAAUAUUCAACAAAACGAGCUAUACGUGAAUCCUUGCCAGCCAAGUCCUUGUGGCCCGAACAGUCAAUGCCGAGAGGUUAACGGGCAGGCAGUUUGCUCUUGUCUGCCUACUUAUAUCGGCUCUCCCCCCGGAUGUCGCCCCGAGUGCGUUGUGAGCUCCGAAUGCGCCCUGGAUAAGGCCUGCGUUAACCAGAAGUGCGUUGACCCAUGCCCUGGAACAUGUGGAACCAAUGCUCGAUGCAAUGUGAAUAACCAUAGCCCCAUUUGCUCGUGCCAAUCCGGAUACACUGGAGAUCCGUUCACUAGAUGCUACCUUAUACCACCUCCUGUGCAAGAUACCCCAAUCGUUGUGAGGAAUCCAUGCGUUCCUUCUCCGUGCGGUCCUAAUUCGCAAUGUCGCGAUAUAAAUGGAUCUCCAUCCUGUUCAUGUUUGGCCAACUACAUUGGAUCUCCUCCCAAUUGUCGACCGGAGUGCUCGAUCAACUCGGAAUGUCCUAGUAAUCGCUGCAUGAACGAAAAGUGUCGAGAUCCGUGUCCCGGGUCGUGUGGCAUCAAUGCAAGAUGCAACGUAAUCAACCACACUCCAAUAUGCACCUGCGAGGAAGGCUACACAGGAGAUCCUUUCACAAGUUGCCGUCCAAUGCCUCCCCCACCGCCAAAAUCGUUAGGUGACGAUCCGUGCAAUCCAUCGCCUUGUGGAGCGAACGCACAAUGCAACGAUGGUGUUU